AUGUUUUGGGAUUCGAUCCACGCCGUCUUCAACAUCCAGGGCACCGAGCUCGCGCCCACUAUCGAAGAAUACAGGACCCUCAUCAGUCGGACCGCUGUCGCCCUCGCUGAUCGUAUAGACGCAGCUUUAGCUAGCGUUGUCCUCCAAGUGGUCGGAGGCCGCGAGUAUGAGGUAACCAUAACUGGCAUCGCACCGUUAUCCUACUCGUCAGCAAUUGAGGAUGGCGCAAAACAACCACCCGCUAGUUUCGAGGAAAACACUCCACCGACGCCGGUUUAUUAUCAACCGCCCAUGACUCAAGCACUGCCACCACCAACCCUUGCAGACGCACCCUCGGCACACUUAGGAGAAAUUCCACCACCAAUCCCAACGCCGGAGGCCCAAGCGCCGUCCGCCUCUACUGAUGGUUCGGCCCGCAUUGUCGCACUGGAAGGCGACAUUACUACACUGAAAGGCACGGUCAACCAGAUGGCCGCCGACAUGGCCGAGCUCAUGGCCUUGCUUAGAGCUCUAACCCGCACCUCCUCGAACUCUACUCCGCCUCCGGGGUACGGGCCAACGGUCGAUCCAAACCCCUGGGUCCCGCCGACCCAUGCUCCGAAAGGUAUUGAAGCGCCCGCAAUGUACGCACCGACGGGCCACUCGGCCAACAUCCCUCCCCCAUCAACGACCUUCUCGACGGCCAUUCCUCCUCCACUGUCGGACCCAACCACGUUUGCACUGCCGCCGAUGUCCAUACCAGCUCCGGCUCCUAUCUAUGCAGCUCCUCCGCCGAUGGUCUUUCCGGUACCAAACCCUCACGCUCCUGCUCACAUGUCUGAGCCUUUCCCAUUCCAAGCUCCGGACAUCCCGGAGAGGGAGACCAAGCAAGAGUAA